AUGAUUUUUGGUUUAUACAAUGGUCUCUGGAACCAAUCGGCGAUGUUUUUGAGCAGCCUUCUACUUUGGGGGAUACUAGCUCAUGGUGGCAGUGAUUUCCCCUUUACAACCGUUGUCGAUAUAUUAUCUGAAAAUGUGGAAUUCUCAACAUUCUUAAGGAUUUUACAAAGACAAGGAUGUGUACCGAUUUUGAACGAGCUCCAGAAUUAUACCUUAUUGGCGCCGGUGAAUUCAGCUUUUAUAAAUAUGGGUACCAAUGAGUCUUCUACACCUUUCGUAUUAGACAACUUCAUAUUAAGGAACAAUGUUCUAUCAACUUCCCUGAUUGAUGACGGAAUAACAGUGAUUGACUGUGAUGUUCGCUUUCCCUUAGUGUUGCAAAAAUCAGUUUCAAGCGGCAGUACCCUGAUCAAGAUUAAUGAAGCAACGAUUGUGGAUCCCGAUUUAGCGCCAAGUUUUCAAAGUGCCACCGUACAUGGAAUAUCAGAUUUAAUUAAUGACCCACCUUUACUCAUCGAUUUUUUGCAAGAUCUAGAAGGACAAACUGGGGAAUUUAGUUUAUUCGAGAAAUUUGUUGAGAGCCUUACAUCUGAUAAUAUAAUUACCGAUAUGGAAUUCUAUAACAACACUAUAUUAAUUCCAUCAAAUAUUAACUUUCAUCGAUACUUCAAUCAGCUUGAAAUUAAUUAUAUUCUCGAUAAUUUCAGCAAACUGGAUUCUGUAACCGGUAAUAUCAGAAAAGCAUGGGAAAAAAAUAGAUUAAAUUUUUUCAGGAAUCUCAUUUUAAGGGGUGUACAUGGCGGUGUUCAUAGUCAACCUGAAUCUACAGAAAAUUUGAAUAACGACAAAAUCUCAUUUGAGAGUAAUGAUUUUGGUUCAUCAAUAUCGGUAAACGAUUCCGAAUUAUCAAUUGAUUCGAACAUUGUCUUCGAUAGGGGAAUUAUCCAUUCUUUCAAUGAUAUUCCUUUUUUGUCAAAAGCAACUCACUUCAAUGCUGAAACGUACCUACAUGGUAUGAAUAGCUCGGAUUUUGUCCAGGAACUUUACUUUAGAAAUUUACAAAAAAUGCUGGAAGAUGAAAGUCUGGAUGUACCACUGACAAUAUUCGUACCUGAAACGUCGUUGAAUGAAAAAUUUGGGUACACCAAGUCGAAUCUUCUAUACCAUUUUAUAGAGAAUCAAUUAUGGCUAGAGGAGGAGUUUUUGGGCAUUAAAUCGUCUACCAAAAUGUUCGAAUCAGCAUUUUGUUCAUCUAAUAAGAGGCUAGGUGGGAAUUGUCAACGGUUAAGAAUAAAAAAGAAUUUGAACGGUUACAUAAUCAAUGACAAAUACAAGAUUUUACACAACAAACCUUUUGAAAUCGGAAAAACGUUGAUAUAUACGAUUUCAGAAGUAUUACAGCUGCCAGGGGAUUUUGUUCCGUCAUUAAACCCAUUCUAUCACUGUUCCAAAUCGUUAGAACUUCUAAGGAAGAUAAAUUUAUUGGACUUACCACCAAAUCAAGAAGGCUACACAAUUCUUUUACCAUGCUUUGAAUCAUGGAGCACUAAUGGCUUAGAUUUAGAAUACCUGCGGCGUAAUUUAACAGCAAUCGAGUUGAUGAUGAAAAAUAUGAUACUUGAAGGUUUGAUUUAUACAGAUUCAGAAGAUAUUAACCUGAAUACAAAGAAUAUGUUUGAUCAAGAGAUAUCAAUUUCUGUGAGGACUGAAAGCAGUGCUGAUUCUGAAAAAGUUUUUCUGAAUUUAAGUUCAGUUAGAGAGAGUAUUGAAACAGAAUUAAAUAUGGACGUUUUCUUCAAUCAAGGUGUUAUACAUCCUAUUUCAAAAUCAUAUUUUCCGAACGAUCUAAGCAUUACACUUGGUGAUCUAAUCGAAACAACGGGAACGACGGCAUUCAUAGACUUCUUAAACUUUUUUGAUGAUUUCAAUGCCGUAUUAAGCAAUAAUGAUUCAUAUUCAUUAUUGGUUCCCACGAAAAACUCACUACGAAUUGAUGGAAUAGACAAAAAUUUCACAAGUCUGCAUCAAUGGUUAGAGCUUCAUGUAAUUCCGGGAAAUGCAACGAGUGAUUUGCUAGAAUGUGGAAAUCAAAUCAACACCACCUCAGGAGAACCUCUGACAUGUCGGGAAAGUUCGCCUGGUAACUACCUUCUGAAAUUGAAGAACGGGAAUGAUAAUGAGGUACGGAUCCUCAAAAAGGGUUGUACCUCAUUCGAUAUGAAUUCAUGUGUUUUUUUGAUUGAUAGGCCCAUAUCUUUACAGUGGUUAAGCCCAAAUAAAUAUCACCUGAAGUUGCCAGGCGUCGCGAUCGGAAUUGGGAUUGUGCUGGGAGCCAUAUCUGUCCUUGCACUUCUGUUUUGCAUUCUUGUAGUAUUUGUAGGAAGGAACCAUGGUACGAAAGUGGGUGAACAGCCAACAGAUACCGAAGAUAACGCCGCCGCAAGACCCUUGCUCAGCGCUAACAACGCGGAACCUAACUCAUUAGCUGGCUCUAACGAUUAUCAAAGAAGACGUUUCGAGAGUGCCUAUUCUUCCAAUUCAAGUAGAAAACCCAUCGAUGUCUCAACUGUGAGAACUUCUGUAAACCCUGUAUAG